AUGAACGCCGUAGAUGCCUCGGAGCAUUAUGAAAAUGUUGCCAGUGAACCAGCCCCAUCGCUCCUUGCAAUCGUUCUCGACAUAAAUCCUCAUGCAUGGGCAUUGCUUGAGGAACAGCUGCCCUUUUCCAAGGCCCUAGCCAAUCUUCUGGUGUUUAUCAACGCGCAUCUGGCAUGCAACUACACAAAUGAGGUUGCGGUGAUAGCGUCCCAUAGCCAGCGUGCGGCUUGGCUCUAUCCUUCGCACAACCAGCAGAAGCCCUCGCCCAAUCUGUUGGAUGCUGAUGGGGACGUUGAAAUGAAUGGCCAUGCUCCCCGGUCUUCGAAUAAUAACAACAUGUACCGCCCCUUUGGAAUUGUCGAGGAACAAGUCACCGAGAAUGUGAGAGAGCUUCUGGCAUCUACGGACGCAGCUGAUGUGAGCGCCACAUCGACCAUGAUGGCUGGGGCCUUGACCUUGGCACUUAGCCACAUCAACCGCCGGACUAUGACAUGGGCGGAAACACACGGCAACAGCAACAUCGAUACGUCCAACGCGCCUACAGGGUCAUCGACAACGAGCGGUAGUGUCAGCCUGGGACUCCAGAGCCGGAUUUUGAUUGUUUCCGUCAGCAGCUCCACGGACUCGGCGCACCAAUAUAUUCCCAUUAUGAACAGUAUUUUUGCAUGCCAGCGUCUGCAUAUUCCUAUCGACGUCUGCAAACUGAGCGGUGAUGCUGUGUUCUUGCAGCAAGCGUCGGAUGCGACGCGAGGAGUCUACAUGUCUCUAAAGGAACCUCGAGGACUGCUGCAGUACCUCAUGAUGGCGUUCCUUCCCGAUCAGCGGUCUCGCAAGCACCUCAUUUUGCCGUCCCGAGUCGACGUUGAUUUCCGGGCGGCUUGCUUCUGUCAUCGGCGCGUGGUCAACAUCGGGUGGGUGUGCUCGAUCUGCCUCAGCAUAUUCUGCGAGCCGCCAGAGAAUGGCGACUGCCUGACAUGUGGCACACACUUGGAGAUCGGGGAAUACGAGUUAAGGCCGGCAGUGCUGGCAAAGAAAAGAAAGAAAAGGAAAACACGCUUGAACGGGUCCGCGACACCGACGCCGACGCCGACGCCGACAGCCUAG